AUGCGCACUCUGUUUUUUUGCUUCCGGCCGGUGUCUGUUGCGCGCGAGUUGGUGGGCAAGGCCUUACCUCAAGGUUCACAGUCCACAGGUUCGUCCAUCAAGGUUCGCCCGGCGUGGCGUCGUGAUUGGAUCACGACGCGUGCGCGCCCACGCGUCCACACGCGUCCUUCUUCGUCGCCGCUCGUCGCCCAGUCGUCGUUCGUCCGUCGUUCGUCCGCCGUUCGUCGCCAGUCGUUCGUCAAUGCAGAACGACUGUGCUCCCUCGACCACGUGAGUGGCCGCUCGGGCUGCCCGACCCAGCGGGCUUGGCGCACGCGGAUAGUCGCGGGUGCCGACGCCGUGCGCGCGCAGACCCGGGGUACCCUCCGGGCUCGGAUGUGGUCUCAGGAUGCCGAUGCAGGCACGCGCACCUCGAGGCCGCGAGAAGCCUCUCGAGCCGCACUUGGGCGACUCACGGUGGCUGCUGCUGAUGCUGCUGGUAUCGGCGCGCAUGCAACAUACCCGCCGGCGAGGGCAGGCGCGUACGCGCCAGAUCCCACCCUAUCAAGUCGAGUCAUUCCAUCGUAUUGGCAUCGCGCGAGACGAGAUCUGGGACCCGUGAUGGGUCCCUUCGCGCUUGCUGGGCCCCCCUCUCCCCUCACUCCCCUCGAUCUCUAUUCCGCUUUCUCUCUUUGGCUCGCGUCGCGGGGGACCGGUCGGCUGGCCGGCUCCCAGUGGCUCCCAGUCCCUAUCUGCCUCGCUGGCGCGCGCGACGUGACAGAUGCGGAUGGGCUUCGGACAGACGAGACAUAA